ACGUUGCCGGGGUUUCUGUAAACAAACCUCACUCAGAAAGCCAAAAAACAAAAAAAUGAUGCUCGGUGAACCCCAUCGCCCAAAUCCGACCGUCCACGUGCCUCCCUGGACCCUAACCCUAGAAGAUCCUACGGCUGAGAUUUACUCGCCAUUUCCUCUGAGCGGUGUCUCCGUCAACAGCUCUGAUUCCAAUGGCAACUCCGGUGAGUACUCUCCCUACUACCUCCACGAAGCACUAACGGCUCUGAGUCCGUACAUGGCCGGAGACGCUGACGCCGAUUCUGACUCGGAGAUUUCCGGCCGCGAGUCCGACUCGCCGGUCGACGCGUACUCGUGCGAUCACUUCAGGAUGUUCGAGUUCAAGGUUCGGCGGUGCGCGAGGGGAAGAUCACACGACUGGACGGAGUGUCCGUACGCUCAUCCAGGCGAGAAGGCUCGCCGAAGGGAUCCGAGGAAGUACCACUACUCCGGCACGGCUUGUCCGGAUUUUCGAAAAGGCCAUUGCAAGAAAGGCGAUUCCUGCGAGUUCGCUCACGGAGUGUUCGAGUGCUGGCUCCAUCCGGCUCGGUACCGGACUCAGCCGUGCAAAGACGGGACGAGCUGCCGACGCCGCGUUUGCUUCUUCGCUCACACGCCCGACCAGCUUCGGGUUCUGCCCCCUCAGCAGAGCCCUAAGGGCUCCAACUCCGUCGAUUCCUACGACGGAUCGCCUCUCCGCCAGGGGAAGACGCUGCCGUUCUUCUCGUCUUUCUCCCCGACGUCGAUCUCGCCACCCACCAGUCCUCCGGCGGAGUCUCCGCCGAUGUCUCCGAUGACUCAGGUCCUAAGCCGCUCUCUCGGCUCGAGCUCCGUUAACGAAAUGGUGGCUUCGCUGAGGAAUCUUCAGCUCGGAAAGGUAAAGUCUCUUCCUUCUUGCUGGAACAACACUCAGAAGGGCUCUCCUGUGUUCGGAUCGCCCCGUGGGUCGAUGCUUCGACCCGGAUUCUCUAGCCUCCCCACAACUCCAACUAGGGCUCCGACGGCCCGACCCGGCUUUAUGGAUUUCUACGAUUUGGGCUGCGAGGAGGAGCCCGCCAUGGAAAGGGUCGAGUCCGGAAGGGACCUUAGGGCGAAAAUGCUUCAGAAGCUCAGCAAAGAGAACUCUCUGGGCCGGGUCAACCCGAAUCUGUCUUCAGGUGGUGCUCCUGAUGUCGGGUGGGUCUCCGAGCUGGUCAAGUGAAGGAAUCAAAUAAAGAAAAAAAGAAGAAAAAUUGCUUCGAAUUUCAAAAUUAUAUUUUGGGGGUUCAUUUUGGUGGUGGUUUCUUUUGUUAGUUUUUGGGAUUUUGCUUCCUUUCUCUCUUUAUCUCUCGCUGUGGAUAUUAUCAGGAAAUAGAGGGAUUAAGAGUGAACUGGAAUUGGAUUUUGGAAGCAAAAAAAAAAAAAAAAAAGGCAGGUUGAAAGAUUCUGCUUGUAAAUACUUUUGAAAUUAUUAUUAUCAUCAAGUAAGGUGGUAUGCGUGGGUGAAGAGUAGAAUCAUCUCUGUUUUGGGGAAUUUCCUUAGAAGAAUUUAGAUUGAUAAGUAAAAGGGAAAAAUGGGAACUUUUUUUUUUUUUUUUUCCUUUUUUGGUGGCUUGUAUAGUUUAUUAAGCGGACAGUGAAUCGGUGAUCCAUUUUCAAUUCCCACUUCCCUUUUGCUUGUUUAUUUAUGUUAAUUAUUGUAUUUAAUCACCACUAUCUCACUUUUGCUAAUCUUUAUCAUCAUUGUAAAAAAAUUUUAUAUCCUUGUAAUGAUCUUAUCCUGUUGGAACCUA